AUGGCUCCGGCUGUUGUCUUCAACAAAAAAGCCAUCCAGGCUGCCGACAAGAACUUCAAUCUGGCAAACGAGAAAGCUCAGAAGUUGCUAGCAACCAAUAUCGCCGGGAAAGCACGCAAAGAGGAUCACCUGUGGACGCAGAACGGUGCCGGAAAAGGUGGCACCUGGAAGAAGGCGCGAGUUGCAGCACCACGAGGCAGCAGGCUCGUUUUCCGGGGAACCGUUGGACCAGCAUCAAAGGCAGGUUACAUCGCGCUUGACGACAUCUCCGUCAUUGAGAACGACCGGUGCAAAACGCUGCCCAAAGGCGCCGGUCAAGAACCCGUUGCAUCUCUUCUGAGCUGUGACUUCAACGGAGGGGACCUCUGCCGGUGGUUCUCCAAGGUUCAGAACGGGGCAACAAAAUGGGCAUUCGGGCCACCUGAGGGCUCAACACUAGGUCCUGUCCUGAUGCCCAAGAAUGGCGAAGGUGGCAUGAUCUACGUAAAUGGAUCGAUCCUGCUCACCAACAAUAACAACGUGGACCUCAGGUCGUCCAUCGUGGGGCCUCAACAAGAAGCAGGCUGCUUCUCCUUCUGGUACCACGUGUUCGCUGGCCGCGACACUCAGCUGGAACUGUACCAGAGAAAAGCAGAGGAAUCCGACGAAGCCUUGACACAGUUCAGGGUGUUGUUCAGGCACUCGGACCGCACGAUGGCAGACCGGUGGUACAACGCGCGUCUUACUGUGCUUCUCGACGCAAAGAUCAACCAGUUUGCUUUCUUUUCAACACUCGCCCAUAACACGGCAAAUGCAGCUGUAAUCGCUUUAGGGCCACUCGAUUACACGCCAGGUGCAUGUGACGUGUUUACGGACGCAAAGGGGUACUGCGAUUUCGAGUUUGACCAGUGUGGCUGGAUAUCUACCGAUGGUUGGAAACGCGAUGAAAGGCCAUCUGAACUUGACGAUCUCCAUCACCAUAUACGUUCUGGACCUGUCAAUUCUGUCUACGUUCUAAAGGCCGCUGAGCUCUCAGGCAAAAAAAUCACUACCGUGACCAGUCCAGAGUGGCCAGGUCAAACGGAGCCCCAGUGUCUCGAGUUUUGGUACACACGGACCGGACCAGCGGGCGCCGAACUACAGGCUGAGCUGCUGGUCAGCAACAAGAGUCAAGUAAUUUGGAAAAGGCCUCCCACCUUGGAAUGGAUGCUUGCGCGAGUGCCGAUCGUGCAGAAGAAGACCUUUCAGGUGGUGUUCCGAGCCACUUUCCCGGCCCCGGCAUGGCGGACGCUCAGCCUGGACAAUGUGGCUUUGAGACCGGAGCCAUGCAUCCAUCCCGCUAACUGCGACUUCGUCGAGGGCCUCUGUGGUUACGUGAACAGCUUCAGACGAGACUUCCGCUGGCUCAUUGGCCACGGCCGUCUCGAAAAUCCUGAGCUGCAGCCAAGUGUACCCAUUCCUCAAGGUGUUUUCUCGUCAUUCGCUUACUUGGACCUGUCUUCGAAUGCCUUCAUGUAUUCUAGGCAAGAAAAGACAGUUGGCCUGCUCAGCCCUUUCUUUGAUAUAGGUGACGACCAGACGGCGAUCGGUUUCCAAUACUUUAGAAAUGGGCCAGAUAUCGCCAAGGCAAACCUGUCGGUUUCCUGCUACUCCGAUGGCAAGCCCAACAGCAUCGAGACGCAGUACUCAGCAGAGCUGCACGAAGUCACCGAGUGGACUGAGCUAAAUGUGCCGCUCAAGCAAGGCUUGAACUGUCAGCUUGCGGUGUGGGUCAUCAAAGGAGAUGGCACGAACGGGGCGAUCGCUAUUCAUUCUGUCAAAGUGCAGCAGAAAGAUAGCACUCCGAAGUCGAAUAAAGAUACAGCGACUCACUGCACGUUCGACAAAGGAACUAUGUGUGGUUGGAGUUCUGACGGUGGUUUGAUGACGUGGACGCUCAACGACCCGGCCAAGAAAGUCCCCGGCUACCCACGCUUUGACCACACUCAGAGGGCCUAUAAAGGUCGUUUUAUCUUCGUUGAGAACAAGAAUACUUCAUACAAAAGUGCUGUACUCAAGAGUCCUGUUUUGGAUGUACAAUCCACCGACGGUGCCUGCUUGAGUUUAUGGCACAUUGCUCAGCACACCUUCAAUGGCAGGUUAAGCGUAUAUGAAUUAAUCUCGUGCAAGCUAUCCAACUUACGCUCAAUUGCUCUUAUACCCUCACGCAGCAUCACUGUGUACUACGGCGACCAACAUUUGCUCACCACAAUCACUCGUACCAGCCAUCGAUGGCAGCAUGCCCUGGCCGAAUUCAAGGUCCCUGCCGGCUCUUUACAGCUCCAGAUCGAAGUAUCAAUCGGACGUGGACUUAUCGCACUAGACGACCUACAUAUCGCCGCUGGACCAUGCCCCCAAACUGACUUUUGUUCGUGGGAAAUGGAUUCUCCGUGCGUGGUUAACCAAGACCCUGGCAACGUCACCCCCUGGACCCGUUGUGAAGGCAAGAACGUCGGCAUACCGGACCACACGCACGACAGCCUGGAAGGUUCCUACCUCUACAUUAACACGACGGCACUCAAUUCGCACCACCCAAUGAGUAGGGCAUUCCUACCAAGGAGAGAUCCAACGGAAGCCACCUGCGUCACCUUCUGGUGGAGAGCUCACGGCGCUGCCAGCCAGCUGAACGUGUACAGGUUUACGAAAGAGACUGCUCUUCGAGAUCCCCUCGUGUCGCUGCGCACACACAGUGGAGGAGACUGGUGGAACGUUCGCACCAUUACCGUUACGUCCGGAACCCAGUGGAAUCUUGUCUUCGAAGUUGUGGCGCCGGCAGGUGAAAAGCAUCAGUCUGGGGUCAUGAUUGACGAUGUGGAGUUCACUGAUGGUCAAUGCCCACCCUACAAUCUGUGUACAUUUGAAAACGAGUGCUUACCUUGGAAACUUUCAACGAAAGGAGAUUGGGAAACAAGGUUCGAAGUUCAGCGGGCUGAAUCCUUCAAGAAGCUCUCUAAAGAUCAUUCAACAGCGACCAGUGAUGGUGAGUAG